AUGGGCUUGUUCAAUCUGAUCAUCGAUACAAUCAUCAUCGCACUUCCGAUGCCGUAUCUGAUCCGCCUCCGGACGUCAUGGCGCAAGAAGAUCGUUGCUAUUGUCUUGCUAGGGAUGGGUAUAGUGACCUGGGCCAUUACCAUCUAUCGCCAGAAGUGCUUGUGGGGUCUAAAUUGGCGAAAAGUCAACCGAUACUCGGACAUGGCCAUCGCCAUGUUCCUAGGUGGCCUCGAGUGUGCAGUCAUGAUCGUUGUGGCUUGCAUACCGCUCAUGCGCCCUCUGUUUUCGAGAAGCAAGGCUCGCAGCGGUCCGAACCAAGGCGACAAGCUCAACGAAGGGGCGCAUCUAGAGAAAGGGAACAAGAAGGCGCCAGCUAAGCUUCCUCGAUUGCUCGAUCCGCCGUCCUGGUUCGACAAUGAGGACGACGUCGAUGCGCAGGUCGAGCUACAAGCAAAGGAGGAUGGGCAGGUGACGGAUGCGGAGUCUUCUAGUUCCUCUGACAUCUCACGCGCCCCAGGCGCCCCGAAAGAUACUGUUGUGGAUAGGAAGACAUAG